AUGGAACUGUUGGAAAGAUUAGGGACGUUUACUAUGUUCCAAGUUGAAGAGCAAUAUUUAAAGGAUAAGCAUGAUCGUUUAGCAGCCAAGGUAAAAGCGAAGAAAAACCGGUUGUAUGAACUGCAGCGAAAGAUCUUGCAUAAAAGGUGUUUGAAGCAAUAUAUGACUAACAAGAGCUCGGAUAACUCCAUUGAUGAGGUAAAUGUAGCAUGUUUAUUAACAGGUGCAGAAGAUAUAAAAUUGGAAGAAGUUGUGCUUGAUGAAAGAUGGAAGAAAGCUAUGGAUGAAGAGAUUCAGCAAAUAGGGAGACUUCUAGAUGAAGCUAUUGAGAUGAUGAAUAAACAGAGGGUUGAGCUUGAGGAACUGAAGAAGGAAGUUCUUGAAAAGGAAGAGAAAGCAUCUAGUGUUCUUGAACCAGAUGGAGAGGAAGAUGAAGAUGUUGAGAAGAACCCGAUGAAGAUGUUGGCCAAGAUUGUUGAGAAAUCUCCUAAGGUCAAAAACGAGUUGGUUAAGGUUAUUGAGAAGUCGAGCAUAACAAAGUCAGUCAAAGCAUUAAAGAGGUCAACCAAGGUUUUAGAGCGGUUAAAAUUCCUUAAUCUUAGUCACUCCAAGUACUUAAGAGAAACACCAGACUUUUCAAGACUACCAAGUCUAGAACGGCUCAUUCUAAAAGAUUGCCCAAGUUUGUGCAAGGUACACCCAUCCAUUGGACAUCUCUACAAUCUGCUACUCAUAAAUUUGAAGGACUGCACAAGUCUAAGCAGUCUCCCCAAAGAGCUAUAUAAGUUGAAAUCUUUAAGAACUUUCAUCCUCUCUGGUUGUUUCAAGAUUGACAUAUUGGAAGAAGAUAUAGUGCAGAUGGAAUCCUUAAUAACUCUAGUUACUGAAAAUACAGUAGUGAAACAAGUGCCCUGUUCAAUUGUAAGCUCUAAAAGCAUUGCAUAUAUAUGCCUACGUAGAUUUGAAGGAUUGGCAAAAAAUAUUUUUCCUUCAAUCAUCGGAUCUUGGAUGCCACCAACAAUGAAUCACCAAUAUUAUAAUAGUCUGGUUUGCAUGGAUAUGGAGAAUUAUACUUGGGGUGACCUUGCCCCAUUAUAUAGAGGCCUUGCAAAUCUUCGAAGUGUUUUGGUUCAAUGUAACACAAAGUUUCAACUAUAUAAGGAAGUGAAAACAAUUCUUAUCGAAUACUUAGUAAACUUUACAGAAUCAAGAAUUUCAAGUCAUCACUUGAGGUUUUCUCUGAUUGGUUUUGGAAGUUACAAUAAACUCCACAGCACUCUCAGCGAUAGCAUUUCUGAGGGAAUGGCAAGCAGUGAGUCUUGUGAAGUUUCUCUUCCAGGUGGCUGGCCCAUAUGGGUGAGGGGCAUUCUGUUUCUUUCACUGUGCCUCAGGAUUGUGACAUGAAGGGAAUGAUUAUGUGCGUUGUGUAUUUACCAACCCAUGGAAUCGUGGCAACUGAAUGUCUUACAAGUGUCUUAAUUGUUAAUUACACAAAGUGCACACUGCAUAUACACAAACAUGGUGCAGUAAUUUCUUUUAAUGAUGAUGAUUGGCGUGGAAUAAUAUCAAAUUUAAGAUCCGGAGAUAAGGUGGAGAUUUUUAUGACUUUUGAUCAUAGAUUGGUGGUCAAGAACACAGCUGUUUAUUUGAUAUGUGCUGAAUCAAAUGGCUUGGAAAUGGGGCCUUGCCCUGAGCCAGAGGAAAGUGCUCUGAAUAAAUUCAUUAAGAAAAUAGUAAUGUGUGAUUUCUGGUAAGUUAUUGGUUUACUUUAGGAACAGAUAAGUAUCUCUUGACUUAUGCAUUAAAAUCGUUUUC